CCCCCUCCCACGCCCGCCUCCAACUCCCUCUGCAUUCCUUUCCUUGGCAAAGUCGCACGCCCACCCAACGCCGACGCGAGCUCUCCUCGCCUCACCUCACCUCACCCCAGCCCACACACCACCAGCGAGCCAGCUCAGAUGUUUCUCACCGACAAGUACCACGCCCUGCUCCCCAUCCACUCCGCCUCCGCCACCCGGGCGUCCCGCAAGGCGGCGCUGCCGGCCGUGACAUCCAGGUUCGACGCCGCCCUCGCCGCGCGCCUCGGGGGCCUGCUGCCGCUGCCGGCAUCCCCGCUCGCGGCGCUCGCGCGCCUCGCCGACCUCCUCGCGGCCACCCUCGCGGACGCCGUGCCAGCCCUUGCCGCUGGGCCCGGGGACGGGAAGAAGGACGCCCUCGCCGUCGCCGCGCACCUCGACGCCGGCGUCGCGCUACUCGACGCCUGCAACGCCAUCGCCGCCCGCGUCGACCGCCUCCGCCGCCGCCGCCUCCUCUCCCGCCUCGCGCUCCACCUUGUAUCGUCCUCGCCCCCGUCCCCCUCGUCCCUCAGCCGCGCGCGCGCCGCGCUCGCCGACCGCGACGGCCGUGCCCUGCCGGCGCUCCCUUCCAUCCCUUUCGUCGACCCGCCCCGCGGCGCCCGCGGCCACCAGCUCACCGCCGCCGCGCGCGUCGUCCUCGCCGUCAACGCCGUGUCCUCCCUCGCCGCGACAGCCGCGGCCACCAUCCUCGGCGCCACCAGCACCAUCAACUCCACCUUCCCCCAGGUCUCCGGCGACGUCCCGUGGGCCGAAUCCUUCAACGCAGUGUCCACUCAGCUCUCCGUCCUCGCCAAAUCCGCCACCAGCAACGAGAUCGACGCCGCGGACGAGGCCGUCGGCAAGCUCGCCGCGGUCCUCGACACCGGCGGCGAAAACACCACCCCGGACGAGGCGGCGCUGCGCGCGGCGACGCAGGAGGUGGAGAAGCGGACGGAGGAGCUGGCGGCGCGGCUGGAGCGGGUGUCGGACGCCGUCAACGGCGUGUUCCGCGCGGCGCUGCGGCUCCGCAACGCCGAGCUGGGCAGCUUCAUCGCGGCGGGGCUCGCCGGGAACGGCAAGGCGCCGCGCAGUGGGAAGUAGCCGUUCGCCGUUCACCAACCGCCGUUACUAGUAGUACUAGCAGUAAGUACAGCGUUCGUGUCCAACUGUAUACAGAGUCAGGUGCAGUACAGUACAGUACAGGGCUAGAUACAUACGUACGUACAUACAGCCAUACAGAUACAGGGUCUGGAUGAGCUGUGGUGUACAGGUACAGUGUACAGUGCUGCUGCGUGUGUGCGUCGUCAAAGAUGGAUGGAGCCCCCAUGUGAGGAUACUUUGCAUUUUGCACCCUUUUGGAAAUGUGGAAUCCGGUUCAAGUAAAUGAAAGGAAAACCGUGAGAAAAUUGCUGCAAAA